AAAAAAAAAAAAAAGAAAAGAAGGGAAAAAGUGUGAAUCAAAGUGAAGUACUUCUGCCCGAGUAUGAAGAUGAUUUUCAAGUGGAAUUAAGUGGAGUGUCACGUGGGAAGUGCCAACUGUGCUGUGAAUUAGAGAUUUCGAAAUCUACGAUCGAGAGUGUCGAAUUAAAUAAUUUAAGGGCGUGAUACGAUCGGUGAAAUUGUACGUGCUGGCGGAUUGUGAAAUAGGUAUUAGUCUCGUUUAAAUAUGUGAAAGUUAAUUAAAUCGCUCCGUGUGACAGAGUGUUGAUAAUUCUGUACUUUAUAAUUAACAAUCAGUUACGAAGAUCAGUUACUAUGAUCGGGGAUAUAUUUAUCAGAUACGGGAUUCGAUCUCGGGCUGGUUCUCAUAUUUAUACUUGGCCUUAAAUUAUAAAUAAUUAUAAAUGAGAAUAGUCGAAUGAUUUUCUAAGAAAAUGAGAAUAACGAUAUCAUAUAAAUGAGAGGGAUAAAAGUAAUUUAAAUAUUUAGAAAAUAUUAUAACAAUAAAUAGUAUUUCUUUUUGAUUCAACUCUGUUGAUUUUUGACGUGUGUUUUAUCCCUGGACGUUUUGUAAAAAGUGUUUUAUAAAUCUCUUUAAGAGUAUAAUAUACUAAAUCAGCAACAUAUUAUUUAUUUCGGUUAAUAAAAUAUUUUAUACAUACUAAGAUUAAAAAUAAAAUUGGAAUAAUAAAGAAUGCAACGAAAGUGGCAGAAAAAUAGCCAAAAAUGAACCAAAUGUCCACAAGUUUCGUGCAAAUUUCGUCAACGUAUAAACUUGUCGCGCGUAGAAGCUUCCUAAAAUAAAUAAUCAUCUGAUACAUAUCUCUGAUCUCCAAUUUUCACACGCAAAAGUGGGUUAACAACGCGUGAAUAUCCUUAAAGAACAGCAUUGUGAUGGAACAUUGAGAAAAAGGAAGAAAUAAAGUAAAAAUGGCAAAUUCAAAUUUGCCACGCGUCGACGACCUAGAGAAUAGUGCCCAAUGGGCCAGUCUCACCAACGAUAUCAACGAUCUCGAGAAACUAUGUCGCUUGAACAACCAUCGCCACUCCAGGCGUCAACCGUUGCGAUCCAACUAUCAGCGAUACUCGGUGCCGCAGAUGCAAAAGGCGACGUCCGUGUGGAUAGAAUCCGGCGACGAGUUGAACGACGACUUCGAAACGAGCAACGAUUUCUCGAAAUCGAAUACCGCGGGGACGUAUCGAUGGAGCUGGAGGCCGAAGACGGAGUUCGAGAGGAGCUACUUCCUCGACGAUUACGAUCAAGAAGGGAGCUUCCAGUGUCAUCCGCGGGCACAGAAACGAUACAGCUCUCUUCGAUGCAACGAAAAUGUAAACGACGAAGGAUGCAACGGGUAUCAAGUCGCGCGCCGCGACUCGUCACAUCGAUCUCGAAAUCCCUUCGACGAGGACAAAUGCUCGGUAAACUACGGCAGGAUCUACGACAACGAGCCUGCGUACAGCGGGACGAGAGAGAGGCUGCACGAGAUCUUCGAGCGCAACAGAUACUUGAGAAGGAAAUUCUUCGCCAGCAUGCCGGGCAACGACACGGCCGGCUAUGACUUCCCCAAAGGCUACGAGAGCAAAAAUCCCGGCACAGUGUCGAAGUACAGCGGUUUCGGCAGCACGGAGACCAUCACCAGCCAGAGCAAUCAGUCGUCCAUAAGCAGCAACGACAGGAAGUCCAGGUGUCAGUCGAACGUCACGCCUGAAUUGGUCGAGCAGGAGACUUGCAACAACGAGUUCUCUCACAGCACCAGCUCGACGAACGUGAACCAUGUACAAGGAGGGCGCAUCCUGUCGACCACGAGACAUGGGAAACUGUUGGUGAACGUCGCGCCAUCGGAGAACGAACUGUACGAAAUCAAGAAACCCACGGGCAUACGUAACACGGUUUUUAAUUCUAAACCUGGCCAAGAGUUCAAUUCGUUGAGUAACUCCAAGCACGAUUUAGACAAUGUUGAACAGAGUGGCAGGACUAGCCGAUAUGAGCUGUCAGAGUGUCAGAGUGGAGAACGUGGGAUCAACGAGUCGGACUACGUGGCAACAGGUGUAUCUCAACAGUGGCAAGAGACUGACAAACCUGGGAAUUAUGACUCUACAAACGAUUUUCCAAAACGUCGUUUCCAAAAUCUAAAUGAUCAAAGAACGAGUGCGGAUAAUUCGAGACACUUGCGCGCAACAACUCGAGACAAUUACGGAUCAAACGAAACUUUGUACAAUAAAAGUAAAAAUCGGACGAGGAAUAAAUUCAAUUCGACGAACGAAUGGGACUCUCUGGAGAGUGUCUGCAAGUCGCUGCCAAAUUUAUCCUUCUACGAGAAGACGUCCGAUUCUUCGAGCAGCGUAUUCCCGGCCAAUAGCCCGUCGACGAAUAAUUGUUCAAAAUCAGCGACGACGAACAUUCGAAGCGUUCGAGACCGAGAGACCAAAGAGAGCGAACCGAUCCUUCGCAGAUUCGGGUCGCAGAUCGAUCUGUCGAACAUUCGCGCGGAACCGACCAGCUUCACCCUGCGACGAGUGAAGGUGACGAAAGUGCCACCUCCUCUGGACCUGUCCAGGGUGAACGAAACAUACGAGGAAGUGGAAGCCCUGGAGAGGAAGCGAUUGAACACGGUGAACCAGUCGCUCGUACGAAACUACGAUCGUCGUUGCUUGGAGGCCAUUAUUCGCGACGAGUGUCCCUCCGACGACAAUCGAGAGGGCUGUGGACAAAAGAAGCCCGACGGAACUUCCCGUGGAAACGAUGAACGACGGACAGAGACGGUGUCGGAAGUUGGGAAUUACCUUCGGAGAGUUAACGCGGAUCAGUGUCAACAGACGAAGGAGGAGCUAUCGCCGAGGUUCGAGCGCGGUUUGCAUAAAUCGUGCGGUGAUUUAACAGCGACGGUGGAUCUGCGAUCGCCGCAGUUGGUGAACAAUUACAACAACUCGACGAUCGAUCUACGAGCGAGCGGCUGCAGGCUGAAUGUUCACCCCGAGCAAAGUUCACAGGUGGCCGGGCUCGAGGCGUUUCGGCAGAGACGCCGCGUUGUUCCUUUGUCCGAUCACGUGAAUUCGAUCAGCGGACCGCAAGCUGGCAGCGGAAGCACGCUCCCCUCGGUUUACGGCCCGAUUCCGUACAAAUCACCGAGGCGUUAUGUGGAGGGUGAGGUGACGAUUCACUAUCGUUCACCAGUGCGUACAGAGGCGAAAGAACCAUUGAGCGAGGAAGAGCUCGCUCGUCGAAGCGCGGAGAAUAUGCGACGGGUUUACGAAGAAGAACGUCGUCGCAAAUAUCUCCAGGAGUUACACGAUAUCAAUUCACGCCGGCACACCGACAACUUUAUACCGUCGCAAAAAUCACCGAUUCCCUUGAACCGUUACGACGACUUCGUGGACGAUCUGAGCCACCGAAGCAGAUCCCAGGAGCAAACACCGGAACCUCGGCUCGUGGCAAGGGCACUUUACAACUUUAUCGGGCAAUCUUCGCGAGAAUUGAAUUUCCGUCGCGGUGACAUAAUAUUCGUGCGUCGUCAGGUAGACAAGAACUGGUACGAGGGCGAACAUAAUGCUAUGAUUGGCCUGUUCCCAUCGAAUUACGUUGAGAUUUUGCCUUACGAUGGUAUGCGAACUACACCAAAGAAACCUUACGAGGGUCAGGCACGAGCUAAGUUUAACUUCGUCGCUCAGACGAAUCUCGAGUUAUCUCUAGCCAAAGGAGAACUUGUGGUCUUGACAAGAAGAGUCGACGAAAACUGGUACGAGGGACGUAUUGGAAACAGAAAGGGAAUAUUUCCUAUCUCUUAUGUCGAAGUUAUCACAGAGCCUGGCCUUAGAUCAGAAACGCCAACACAGAACAAACCAGUCGCCUCUCCAGCGGCGCACAGCCUUCUGGCAAAUGGAUCAGCCGGAGGGAAAAUGAGUAUGGGACCCCAUCACUACAUGCCGUCCAUACCAGUUAACAUUAACACAACCCAGCCACACUACAAUUCACUGUAUGUGACAUGGCUUAGUACAAGCGACACAGCUUUGGCAAGAUUAAGGCGGAGGAGUCAAAAAGAUUCUGAAACACUUAUUGAAGUCUCUACUUCGGAAUAUAGAAUCGGUCUCUCAGUCGAACACACUCGAAAGAGUAAUUGGCAAGAAUGAAACUUUCAAGAGGGAGAUUCGCGAUCUUAACGAUGAUUAAUUUAAUUUAAAAUCCAUCUUCAAAGUACACGUCAUGGAACUUGAAAUUCUGAAUGGUGGCUCUACAAAAAAAAAGAAAUGA